UAGAGGCAGUUGAUCAUAUCUGUUCUCAUGCAGGAAAGCACAACAGAGAUGGCAGCAAAGUUUCCUGAUCAAGUGAUUGCUAUCAAGUCACCUUUAGAAAACACUGAACAACCACGAUUCAAGCAAGUUCAAUUGGACAAAGAAGCAGUUGAUUUCUAUGAGAACAAUUUUAAAACAGAUGAAAACAUUGUCAAAAUAGUUCCGCCAAUAUUCUCUUAUAAAGAAGAAGGGCCUGAAUAUAAAAUUCAAAAUCCUCCUAAGUCACCAAGUGAGGCUAAGGACUAUGCUGGUGCCAAUCUUGAACCGAAGCCAAGAAGAGAUUCAUUCACAAAAUGUGAUGAAUCAGAACUGUCCAUUUUUAGACGAUUUGAAAAUCUGAAGGAAUCAAUGUUUGUCAUAAGAGGGCUGCUGUUUUCUGAUUAUUAUGAUACGCAUAAGGAGGAAAAAGAUGAAAAGAUGGAAAAAGAUAAAAAGAGGUAUAAGGGUGAUCAUGACUUUGUUGUAAUACAUCGAAAAGGCAUCAUGUUCAUGCAAGUGAAGGCUGUAGAUAAGAAAAAAAAAAAAAAAAAAAAAAAAAAAAAAAAAAAACAGCUACGUAAGGACAAGGCUUUUUUGGAAGAAAUUACAGAAAGCAUCGAAGAUAAACAUCUAGCAAAAGAAAUGAAGUCCCUGCUUUUAAAUGCCCAGCAUCUACAACAGGUAUUUGCAACCCCAAAUAUUGAUCAAAAGUCAGAUAAUGGCGAAAAUUACUUUAAAAGACUAUAUCGAGAUGACGUUGCAGAUGAUAAGGCCUUCCGUGAAUGGUGGGACAGAAAUGCAAGAGAUGCAAAAGAUUGUAUUAGUAAAGAACUAUACAACUUUCUUUCUGCAAAAUAUAUAUAUAUUCGCCACUUAGCGCAUGAGAGGAAAAAUACAAGACCUGCAGCACUGACAAGCGACGCUUACAAAAAAACUACCUCCAAGGUUACAUCAAAAGAAUGGCUUCUUUUGAUUCCUGAACAACUCAAUCUUUUACAUGAUGAAACUCGCUUCAAAUACAUUGAUGGUCCACCAGGGUCAGGUAAAACAGAGAUUCUUGAGCUGAAGGUUAAGAUGAUUUUGGAAGCCAAUCCAGAGGACACUGUUCUUAUCAUCACAGUUGCAAAGGGCAUUGCAAAGAAAAUAGAACUUGACCUCCUGCAUGGAACAAGAGUCACUGUCAAAUCAAUAGAUCCUAAGAAAUUUGAUGUUGAAAAGGAAGAAAGGGAAAAAUAUAACCACAUCUUCAUUGAUGAAGCACAAGAUAUUCUCAAAAAAACUAUCCCAUUCUUUCAGGAAAAUAUUAUUAUUUCAAAAGAGAAAGGGUUUUUCUGGUUGUUUCUUGAUCAAGUUCAAACACUGCAUUGGAAUGAAGAUACCAUUGCUGAAGAUUUCUUCUCAGGCAACAAACCUGAAUGCACUACACAUUUAGGAAAAAUAAUGCGAAUGCCUGCAGAAUUGACUAAUUUUUUCAAAAAGUAUGACACCAUUUCUGAAUAUAGAAAUACUUCAGUUGGACACAAUGUUGUUGGACCAAAGGUAAAACAAGAAAAAACAUAUUCACCAGAGCGUCUCAUGGAAUUAAUUGACCAAAACAAAAAGCAUCACACAACAAUACUAUUUCAAAAUGAUAAAGACAUGAAUGACUUCAAGAAAAAAUGUGGCACUAAGUACUCUUUUCAAAAUGGUGAAGAAAAGGUUGGAAAUAGCAAGGAUGCCGAUUUAGACACUAUCACUGUAGACACUAUUGAAAACUUUAGGGGACUUGAAGAUACAGUGGUUAUUGUAUGCUUAAACAUUGAAGAAGAGAUAAGUGCUGAUCUUCUGCGUAUUGCUUUUUCAAGAUCAAACUGUUCCCUCCAUGUCUUAGGUUCAGAGGGACUUCCCACUGGUUUAAAGAUGGUCCAAGGUCACACUUUUACUAGGUCCGGUGUUCAGGAUGCUAUUCAAAUUAAGUACAAUUAAGUAAAGAAAAAAGGUGCAUGGUCCUUUAUCAGUCAUAACAUUUUCAAAAUUUUGUAUAAUAUUACUAGACUCUUGGAGGCACAUGGCCUAUUGUGAAUAACUGGUGGAAAUUAAAUAACUGGUGGUCAUGAAGAGCAGCAAUUGAGGCCUAUUUACCUCAGCAAAUAUAUUAUGGCAAUACAUCAAUCUAUAUUGUAGCAAUACGACAAUGUUUAUUGUGGCAAUACAACAAUGUAUAUAUUGUAGCAAAGCCAGAUGUAUAUUGUAGCAACACAACAAUGUAUAUUGUGGAAAUCAAACAAUCUGUAUUGAAACAAUGUAACAUAUUAAAGCUUUUUAGCUGAAAAAAUUGUAGUUCAUUAGUAGACAUUAGCACUGUUCCACAGCUGGAUGACUCUAACUGCAGUUAGCGUCAUUCAAGACAGUCGUCGAAAUUCUUUUGUUUUUGACAAAC